AUGGAGUCCGAGUGGGCCAUGUUCCGCGCCUCUGUUCUUGAGGCGGCUUAUCAGAGCUGUGGCUGUAAGGUUGUCAGUGCCUGUCGUGGCAGUAACCGUCAAACCCAGUGGUGGACGCCAGCGAGAAGCUGUGAAGUUCUGUCUUCAGUUCUCAGUGCCCAGUCCUGUAAUCUAAAAAAACUGGACCUGAGUAACACAAGCCUGACAGAUUCAAGAAUCCAGCUUCUGUCUGUUGGACUCAUGAGUCCACAUUGUCAACUGGCAACUCUCAGACUGAGUUGCUGUAACCUGUCAGAGAGGUGCUGUGAAUUUCUGUCCUCGGUCCUCAGCUCCCAGUCCUCCGGUCUCACAGAUCUGGACCUGAGCAACAACAACCUGCAGGACUCAGGAGUGAAGCUGCUUUCUGUUGCUCUGAAGAGUUCACACUGUCACCUGGAAACUCUCAGACUAAAUUACUGUAACCUGUCGGAGAGAAGCGGUGAGGUUCUGUCGUCAGUCCUCAGCUGCCAGUCCUCCGGUCUCUCAGAACUGGACCUGAGCAACAACAACCUGCAGGACUCUGGAGUGAAGCUGCUUUCUGCUGGACUGAAGAGUUCACACUGUCGCCUGGAGACGCUCAGACUGAGUUACUGUAACCUGUCGGAGAGAAGCGGUGAGGUUCUGUCGUCAGUCCUCAGCUCCCAGUCCCCCGGUCUCAAAGAACUGGACCUGAGCAACAACAACCUGCAGGACUCGGGAGUGAAGCUGCUUUCUGCUGCCCUGAGGUGUCCACCCUGUCACCUGGAAACUCUCAGGCUGUCAGGCUGUCGGGUCACAGAGGAAGGCUGUGCUCCUCUGAACUCAGCUCUGAGCUCCAACCCUUCCCAUCUGAGAGAGCUGGACCUGAGCUACAAUCAUCCAGGAGACUCGGUGAAGCUGCUGGCAGCUGGACUGAUGGAUCCACACUGGAGACUGGACACACUCAGGGUGGAGCCUGCUGGAGUCCGAUGGCUGACACCAGGUCUGAGGAAGUAUUCCUAUCAGCUCACAAUCGACACAAACACGGUGAGCAGAAAACUCCAGCUGUCCGACAACAACAGGAGGGUGACCCGUGUGGAGGAGGUCCAGUCAUAUCCUGUCCAUCCAGACAGAUUUGAUGUUUCUCAGCUGCUGUGUGGAGCUGGUCUGACUGGUCGCUGCUACUGGGAGGUCGAGUGGAGGGGAAGAGUUUUCAUAUCUGUGAGCUACAGAGGGAUCAGAAGGAGAGGAGACAGUAAAAGCUGCAGGUUUGGAUGGAAUGAUCAGUCCUGGAGUCUGGAGUGCAUUGAUGGUGGUUACUCUGUCUGGCACAAUAACAAUGGAAUAUCCAUCUCCUCCUCCUCCUCCUCCUCCUCCCGCAGAGUGGCAGUGUACGUGGACUGUCCUGCUGGCAUUUUGUCCUUCUACAGAGUCUCCUCUGACUCCCUGAUCCACCUCCACACCUUCAACACCACGUUCACUCAAACUCUUCAUCCUGGAUUUACCGUUAGUUCUGGUUCAGUGUUUGUGUGUGAUCCCACUCUUUGCUCCUCCUCAACCAUCUCCUGCAACAAUAACAAACUGUUCGAGUUUUAUCUUCACCUAGUGGUUCAGCAGAACUCAAAUGUUCCCAGUGCUCAGUCUGUCCAGCAGCACCAAACACAAAUGGACUCCAUAUUCAUGCAUCUAGAGGACAACAUGGUCACUUUUGUGAAGAAUGAGCUGAAGAAAAUCCAGAAGGUUCUGAGUACAGAUUACCCAGAAUGCUUAGGGAAUCAGAGGGAGGAUGAGGAGGUGGUGGAAAGUGAGGAUGAAGAGCAGAGAAGAAGCAAAAAGGCUUUCAUGGAGAUCACAAUUUACUUCCUGAGGAGGAUGAAACAGGAGGAGCUGGCUGACCGUCUGCAGAGCAAACCUAUUGCUGCAGUUUGUCAACAUAACCUUAAAAAUCAUCUGAAGAAAAAGUUCCAGUGUGUGUUUGAGGGGAUUGCUAAAGCAGGAAACCCAACUCUUCUGAAUCAGUUCUACACAGAGCUCUACAUCACAGAGGGAGGGACUGGAGAGGUCAAUGAUGAACAUGAGGUCAGACAGAUUGAAACAGCAUCCAGGAAACAACACACACCAGAAACAACAAUCAGACAAGAAGACAUCUUUAAACUUCCACCUGGAAGAUAUGAGCCAAUCAGAACAGUGAUGACAAAGGGAGUGGCUGGCAUCGGGAAAACAGUCUUAACACAGAAGUUCACUCUAGACUGGGCUGAACACAAAGCAAACCAGAACAUCCAAUUCAUGUUUCCAUUCACUUUCAGAGAGCUGAAUGUGCUGAAAGAGAAGAAGUUCAGCUUGGUGGAGCUUGUUCAUCACUUCUUUACUGAAACCAAAGAAAUGUGCAGCUUUGAAGACUUCCAGCUGGUGUUCAUCUUUGAUGGUCUGGAUGAGUGUCGACUUCCUCUGGACUUCCACAACAAUCAGAUCCUGACUGAUGUUACAGAGUCCACCUCAGUAGAUGUUCUGCUGACAAACCUCAUCAUGGGGAAACUGCUUCCCUCUGCUCGCCUCUGGAUAACCACACGACCUGCAGCAGCCAAUCAGAUCCCUACUGAGUGUGUUAGCAUGGUGACAGAGGUCAGAGGGUUCCCUGACCCACAGAAGGAGGAGUACUUCAGGAAGAAAUUCAGAGAUGAAGAGCAGGCCAGCAAGAUCAUCACCCACAUCAAGACAUCACGAAGCCUCCACAUCAUGUGCCACAUCCCAGUCUUCUGCUGGAUCACUGCUACAGUUCUGGAGGACGUGUUGAAAACCAGAGAGGGAGGAGAGCUGCCCAACACCCUGACUGAGAUGUACAUCCACUUCCUGCUGGUUCAGACCAAAGUCAAGAAGUUUAAGUAUGAUGGAGGAGCUGAGAUAGAUCCUCACUGGAGUCCAGAAAGUAGAGAGAUGAUUGAGUCUCUGGGAAAACUAGCUUUUGAGCAACUGCAGAAAGGAAACCUGAUCUUCUAUGAAUCAGACCUGACAGAGUGUGACAUUGAUAUCAAAGUAGCCUCAGUGUACUCAGGAGUGUUCACACAGAUCUUUAAAGAGGAGAGAGGGCUGUACCAGGACAAGGUGUUCUGCUUCGUCCACCUGAGUGUUCAGGAGUUUCUGGCUGCUCUUCAUGUCCAUCUGACCUUCAUCAACUCUGGGGACAACCUGAUGGAAGAAAAACAACCAACAACUUCUAUGUGGUUCAAACUAUUUAAAAAAACAAGUCUUCAUGAUCUUCAUCAGAGUGCUGUGAGUAAAGCCUUAAAGAGUUCAAAUGGACACCUAGACUUGUUCCUUCGUUUUCUCCUGGGUCUGUCACUGCAGACCAAUCAAACUCUCAUACAAGGCUUGCUUACACAGACAGGAAGUACCUCACAGACCAAACAGGAAACAGUCCAGUACAUCAAGGAUCGGAUUAGUAAAAAUAAUUCUACAGAGAAAAGCAUCAAUUUGUUCCACUGUCUGUUAGAACUUAAUGAUAGGUCUCUAGUUGAGGAGAUUCAACUAUCUCUGAGUUCAGGAAAACUCUCCCCGGAUGAACUGUCACCUGCUCAGUGGUCAGCUCUUGUCUUCAUCUUACUGUCAUCAGAAAAAGAUCUGGAUGUGUUUGAGCUGAAGAAAUACUCUGCUUCAGAGUUGGUUCUGCUGAGGCUGCUGCCAGUGGUCAAAGCCUCCAACAAAGCUAUACUGAGUGAGUGUACCCUCUCCAAGCAAACCUGUGAAGCUCUGUCCUCAGCUCUCAGCUCCCAGUCCUCCAGUCUGAGGGAACUGGACCUGAGACUCCAUGAUUCAGGAGUGAAGCCACUGUGUGAUGGACUGCAGAGUCCAAACUGGAAACUGGAAACUCUCAGGUCACUUUUCUUUGCUGCUUUGGCAGAUGUUUCUACUGUUUUGUUCUUCACACUCACAGUCAACAUGACGUGUUUAGUUGACAGUCACUAACUAUAUAUUUUUGGUUUCUUCCUUCUCUUCAGACUGAGUUACUGUAACCUCUCAGAGACGAGCUGUGAAGUUCUGUCCUCAGUCCUCAGCUGCCAGUCCUCCAGUCUCAAAGAACUGGACCUGAGUACCACCAGCCUGACAAAUUCAGUUAUUCCGCUGUUGUCUGUUGGACUGAAGAGUUCACACUGUGUCCUGGAAACUCUCAGAGUGAAUGGUUGUUUGUCUCAGUUGUCUCUGUGUGACAACGAGCGGUGA